UUUUAGAUUUCUAACCUCACUACAGGAUUCUAAAAAGUUGAAGUCGAUUUGAACAUAAAUAUUUUUCGAAAAUGUCUCGAAUUCUUCAAAGUUUUAGGAUUGUAUGUGCUCCGAAGCCAUUUGUGCUUCCGAUUUCUGUAGUAAACACUAGACUGUUUAGUAGCAGUUCAGAUGAUGAGAAACCCUCAAAGAUAGUAGCAGAACCAAGUAAAUCAAGUAAACCAGAGUCAAGUAAACAGAAUCCUGAGGCAAUAAGUAAACUUAACAUGUUAUUACAACAAAUUGUUGAAGCUGACCAACAAAAUAAGAAAACUCUUGAUUUGGCAAAGCCUAAGGGAAGAAAUGCUAAGACUGAACCCGGUACAAAAUCAGCAAAAGUAGAAACAGUUGAACAAAAAAUUGUUUCUGCAGUUAAAGAUGUUGCUGAGACUUUGGGUGGCAAUAAGAAGCAAACAGAGUCUGAGUUGUUAAAUAGAUUAAUUAGUAAUGAUGAACAACUGCCAUCAGCUAAUUUAAGUGAUAUUGUCCGUGGUAUGAAAAUUGACAGAGAAUCCAAGUCGGAAACUGUUGGAUCAAAAGCUCAACAUGUCAGAAAGAUAUUAGAGACAUCUCCAAACCAAUCUGCACCUCACCAAAGGAAUGCUAGAGGACCAAGACCUACUAUCAAACCAAUGAUUGAUGCUGCCACAGCAGAACCUGUGGAUAUAUUUGGGGCUGAACCACUUGGUAUUUUUAAUCCUGAAAAUAAAGGAAGUGUGCAAAGAAUGAAUGUAACCUGGGACAAGUUAUAUGAAAGAGAGUUGAAGUUAGCUGUAACUCAUCCACCUCAAAAUUAUUUUGAAGAGCAAAUUUUGUGGACAGAACAGGGAAAAAUAUGGAAGUUUCCUAUUGAUAAUGAACAAGGAAUGGAAAAAGAACAAAGUGUAUAUUUUACUGAACAUGUGUUUUUGGAAGAACAUCUUUCGCCAUGGUGUCCUGCAAAAGGACCACUUAGACAUUUCAUGGAACUUGUAUGUGUUGGCCUUUCGAAAAAUCCGUACAUGAGUGUUGAGGAUAAGAAAGAGCAUAUCAAAUGGUUUGAAAAUUACUUUGAAGAAAAGAAGAAGUUACUGCAAGAAACUGGUGCACUUCCCGUGGAAACUACCGCUAAGAAACAGUUAGAAAACAAAUAGUUGUAAGAAAUUCAUUUGUUGUAAAAAUGUAAUAUUUGAGGUUUAAUAUAAAGAAAAUGUCAACAA